AUGAGUAAAAAAAGGGACGAUUUAGAGUUAACUUCUAUGAAUGAUGAGCAAGCAAGUAAUCUCUUUUCGACAGCUAACUUUAAAUCGACAAAUAGAAAUCUAUUAAGCCAGUUACAUACUCGUCAUCAAACAGUUUAUAAUCUUCCACCAAAAUCUUUGGAUGUUUCAACAUUUAAACUUCCAGAAGACAUUGCCAAAAAGAUCGACAAUAUUUUCUUACCGCCACCACCAUCAACGUCCCUUGCUCAUUCUUCAUAUAUUCCUCCUCCAGACAAUUCAGCAGAUACAUCAAUGGAAUCCAGCAUGAUUCCUCCUCAGAAGGAAGAACUUGAAGACAAUAACUCAAUGCCAAGAUUCGAAAUCAAUUUGGAAACUGUAGAUAACUAUUUUGGCUUUCGUGACAAAUUUACUCAAAUCGAAUUGCUCAAUCAGAUGAUGCAUAACCAAGGAUGCAGAUCCCUUGAACAAUUUUGCAUGAAUGCCAUUCCAGAUCAAAAUAUUUUUGAUGAAGAUGCAAUUUUAGAAUCUCUCAAAUCGUUUUUGGAUGGAUUUACUUCUACAGUGCAUAGCAAUGCCAAAGAUUUCAUUGAUAUGAUUAAUGAUCGCAUCAGUGUUUUAGAUAAUGUUGCAGAAAACCUCAACGAGUUCCAAGCGGAGAUAACCAAGGUUAAAGGUACAUCGACAUACAUGUCAAUUGAAGAUUUACGACAGGAUCUUCCUCCAAUGAAAGAGCCAAUUCAAUAUGAUCCAGGACCAGAGCAACCAACAUCGAUUUACAUAUUCCCAGCUGAAUCCCCACUCAAUGUUGGCUCUUUGGAGAAGCUUGGAGCUAUCGCGGAGAACUCAGAUCCAUCAACUUUCAUAAAACGAAAUUCAUUGACGUCAAUCAUGUCAACUCCGAACGAUUUCUUCUCUCAGCCAAUCUCUUACACCAGUAACAAUGAUCCUUUCGCUACUCAGGACGUCAAAGCCGCUCAACAUCGUUUUUGUCCGGAAUUUUUCGGUUCUGUUUCAGGAACAGAUGACACUCCUACGACAGGAUCGAAUCUUAGAACACAUGCCUUCAACUCUAGAUACCUUUCGAAGCAGAAUUUCGCUUCAUUUAAAUCUCAUGGUUUACAAUCAACAGUUAGAACCUCAACUAACUCUUCAAACUCUGGUUCUAGCAAGCAGUAUUAUAACCAUGAUAUGCCACAGGUGCAAUCUACUUCUAUUCCUCCUUAUUCACCAGAAUCUGUUGCUCCACCUCCUCCUUCAACGAAACCAAUGACUGUGGACAUGCUUCUGUCACGGCUUGGCGCUGAUGGUGAAGUUUUGAAGAAGUUUAUUAAAGUUAAAGCACCAGUUAACAGAGUUUCAUUUUCUGUCGAAGAAAAUAUCCAAUCUCCGCUUGCUUUCGCUGCUAAUGAUAACUCUAAUGAAAAUGAUGACGAAGAUAUCCCUCCUGCUCCAGAAUUGAUUUUACCUGAUCGAGAUUAA